AUGCCUCCCGUACCGCACGCAAAACCCGAGAAUGUGCUCAAGAGAGCUCAAGAGCUCAUCGCGGUCAACCAAAGUGCCGCCGCUCUUCAAAUCCUACACGAACAUAUAACCUCGAAGCGAUCGAGGAAUACCCCUAUCGCGUCUCUGGAACCUGUUAUUCUCCUUUUCAUCGACCUCUGUGUCGAGCUACGGAAAGGUAAAACUGCCAAAGAUGGCCUCUACCAAUAUAAAAACAUCGCCCAAAAUACAACGGUCCAGACCAUUGAGAUGGUUCUGCGUACCUUCAUCGAGAAGUCGGAGGCGAAGGUUACCGACGCGCAAAAGCUCGCUGAGACAAGCUUGGGAGAUGUAGAGGACCUUGAAGCUACCGAGACACCUGAAUCUCUUCUGAUGGCUACUGUCUCCGGCGAGCAAACCAAGGACCGAACCGAUAGGAAAUAUGUCACACCAUGGCUCAAGUUCUUGUGGGAGACAUACAGAACCAUCCUUGAUAUUCUCCGGAACAAUGCUCGGUUGGAGAUUAUGUACCAACAAACUGCGUCCCAAGCCUUCCAGUUCUGUCUCAAGUACACUCGCAAGACAGAAUUCCGUCGUCUUUGCGAACUUCUCCGAAACCAUCUUCAGAAUGCAAGCAAGUAUAGUGCACAAAUGCAUGCAAUUAAUCUUAAUGACCCGGAUACUUUGCAAAGACACCUCGACACUCGAUUCCAACAACUUAAUGCUGCCGUUGAGCUCGAAUUGUGGCAAGAAGCCUUCCGCUCCGUUGAGGACAUCCAUAACCUCCUGACACUUAGCAAGCGCCCUGCAAAGCCGAUUAUGAUGGCAAAUUACUACGAGAAGCUAACACGCAUCUUCCGAACUUCUGAGAACCACCUUUUCCACGCUGCAGCUUGGAACCGCUAUCAUAAUUUGUUGCGGUCAAGCGCUGCUGCUGUGCAGGCGGGUUCCGUCACCAAGAAGGACCACCCCGUUACUAAUGACGCGGAAUUCUCUCGUGUGGCAUCAUUCGUUAUUUUGUCGGCCCUCUCUAUCCCAGUUAUAAGCACCGCUAGGAGCAGAGGUGGGUUGACUGACGUCGAAGAAGCAAACAAGCGGACUAGGAGCUCGCGCUUGACAAACCUGCUUGGCUUGACUAAUGCACCAACUCGAUCUGGGUUGUUCAAGGAUAUUCUUGCUCGUGGGCUCCUUAAGAGGGCCAGGCCAGAAAUCCGCGACCUUUACACGAUCCUCGAAGUUGACUUCCAUCCAUUAAGCAUCUGUAAGAAGAUCGCUCCUAUUCUCACCCAAAUUGGUGAUGACGAGGAAAUGAAGCGAUAUGUUGCUCCGCUCCAGCAAGUCAUUCUCACCCGUCUCUUCCAACAAUUGUCCCAAGUCUACGACACUGUUCAGAUGGACUUUGUAUACAAACUCGUCACGUUCCCAGCUCCCUUUGAGAUUGAGGCGAACACAAUCGAAAAGUUCAUCAUGAAUGGUUGCAAGAAGGGAGACCUUGCUAUCCGUAUUGAUCAUGCUACCGGAUCACUUACCUUCGAGUCCGACAUUUUCUCUUCGGUCAAAUCUCUUCCAAUUGGCACCACCAGCACACCCGACAAAGAUACAGGUGUCCAACGUCUCCAGAGUACCCCACAAGAAAUUGUCCGAACUCAACUUUCCCGACUUGCAAAGACACUUUACCUCACCUGCUGCUAUGUCGACCCAAGUUUCGUCGAACAGAAGCAGCGCGACAAGGCCGAAGCUCUCGCGCGUGCCGAAGUCGGAGCCAAGAAAGAACACGAAGAUACACUCAAACGUCGCGAAGUCAUCGAACAGCGCAAAGAAGCACAAGAAAAUGCUGCUGCUAACCUUCAGAAAGAAGAAUCACGACUACGUGCUUUGCGUGACCGACACCGCGAAGAAGCUGAGCAACUCCGGCUUGAGGAAGAGAAGAAGAAGCGUGACCAGGAACGACAAGAGAAAGAGCGUGAAAGGAUUCUCAUUAUGGAAUUCUGGAAACAAGUUACUUCAAUGGGUCUCACAGAGGCUGAAUUCCGUGCUCAAGUCAAAGAAAUCGGUCUUGAUUUGCCCGAGAACGUCUCUACCCUCGAUAACAACUUCAUCCGCAAGGUCAAGAUCGCCAUGAUGGAGAAGGAAAAGAAGGAGACCAACGAGAAGUUGCGCGUGACUAGCAAGCGCAUUGACCAUCUCGAGAGAGCUUACCGCAAGGAAGAAAUUGCUCUUCUUGCUCAAGAUUAUGACGCCCAGAGGAAGAACGAUUUGGAUGCUCACAAUGAGAAGGUUGCGCAGUUCUUGGCUGAGCAUAAACAGAAGCAUGAGGAAAAUGUUGCUUUGAAGAAACGCCUUAGCCGACUCGUUGGCCAUUACGAGACGUUCAGAGAUGAUGUUCGCUCUAGGCGUUCUGAAGAGUUCGAGGCUAGACGUAAGAAGGCUGAACAACAACUUCAAGUUGAAAUGGAUAAGAGACGUAAGCAGGUCCGCGAAGCUAAAGAGAAGAAGAGACGUGAAGAGGAAGAGGCAGAACGCCGCAGAAUCGAGGAGGAGGAACGCUUGCUUAAGGAAGAAGAAGAGAGGAUUGCCAAGGAAGAAGAAGAGGCAAAGAAACGAGAAGAGGCACGCAAAGAGCAAGAACAACGACGAAAGGAACGAGAGGAAGCCGCUGCGAAACAGCGCGAGCGCGAGGAACAGGCAGAGCUUCGUGCCGAGGAACGACGACGAGAAAGAGCCGCCGCCGCCACCGCUCCUGCUCCUGCUCCUGCUCGUGAACGUGCCCCUCCACCAGUUCAACCUGAGGCUCCGAAGGAGGAAUUCCGAGCUACCAGGGUUCCAGUUGUUGCGGGUACUGGUGGUUGGAGAGAACGUAUGGCCGCUAAACAGGCUGCCGAGGCCGCUGCCACUGCGGAGGGUGCCGAAUCACCUGCCGGUACUAACGGUGACAAUGCCGCGCCUGCACCUCCUCCAACUGAACCAACUGCCGCCCCCGCUGAAGAAAGAAAGCCAGGCGCAUACCGUCCCGGCGCUUUCCGCAAGCAAGGUAUCAAUGAGAAUGCCAUGUCGGCUGAAGAAGCUUCCCGCGAAUCCCGUGGUACUCGUGAAGAACGUGAACCCCGUGAAGUACGAGAGGGAGAAGCGCCCAGUGGUCAACAGAGUCGUGCUGGCAACUGGGGCCGGAAUCCACGCGCUGAAGGUGAAGGCGGUGAAGGAAAGUAUCAAGCCCGUGGAGCACCCCGCGAAGGUGGUGAAGGCGGUGAACGGAAAUGGCAACCUCGUCCGCGCGAAGGUGGUGAGGGUGGCGAGCAAAAAUGGCAACCUCGUCGACGCGAGGGCGGUGAAGGACAGGAAGGUGAGCGACGUGAGCGACGUGAAGGAGAAAACAACGAUGGAAAGUACCGCCCGGGCGCUUACCGUGGACGUGGCGGCGGUAAUAUGGGUGACCGAAGUGGAAGCGGUCGUGAUGAUGGUCGAACUGGCAGUGGCCGUGGUGGAGAAAUGGGUAACAGAAGCGACAGCCGCCGUGGAGCUGAUAAACCUGCUGGUGAGCGCGCCGCUGGCGGCAGCUGGAGGUAG